ACUCAAUUUGUACGGAAUAUUCGAUAUUCUAUACUACCAGUACUUGGAAUAGAUGGUUCUUUACAUGUGAGGUUAUUGAAGGUAUGUAUAUACUGAAAUUUUUUUUAUUUUUAUUUUUAAAUAUUGUUUAUAGUAACCUAUAUUUGAAUAAAUAUACAGGUUCCUUUACAUGUCAAUCAUAUGAGAAAUUUAUCUUACAAGAGGUUCUACCACAUAUGAACUGUAUUCCAAAUGCCGACUCCGUUCUGGUGAUGGACAACACACGGAUUCAUAAAAGUCAACUGGUUGUCAAGCUUGCUACAGCAGCUGGUAUUGCAGUAGAGUUUCUACCACCAUAUUCUCCUGAUACAAAUCCUAUUGAGGAAGCAUUUUCUGUAUAUAAGGCAUGGUUAAGAAGA